AACGCAAGUUGUGGCACCUUAAAAGAUUCAAACUCGCUCAGAACGAUAACAAAGUUCAACAACAACUUAGGUAACAGAGAGAGAGAGAGAGAGAGAGAGAGAGAGAGAGAGAGAGAGAGAGAAGCUAAAAGGGUUUUAGAUCCCUGAACCAGAUCAAAUCGAAAUCCCUUUCAUGGGGUUGUUUUCGUAACCCCAUUGCAGUUAAAGGGGAUUCCUUGAUUAAAAUUUUUGUUGCAUUGCAGAAUCGGAUACCAACCCAUCAUUAUAUUCAUCUUCGUCUUAUUAUUCUUAUUCUCAUUGUGUUUGUUUGAUUUGUGUUUUUGUUGGCACAAGAGAGAACAAUGGAGGGUGAGAAGAAGUACAUCACCUCUGCGGAGCUGAAAGAGCACAACAAAGAGGGAGAUUUGUGGAUCUCAAUUCAAGGGAAGGUUUACAAUGUCACAGAUUGGGUCAAGGAGCAUCCUGGUGGUGAUGUUCCACUAUUGAACCUUGCUGGUCAAGAUGUCACAGAUGCAUUCAUAGCCUACCAUCCUGGCACAGCGUGGAAAUUUCUUGACAAGUUUUUCACUGGGUAUUACCUACGAGAUUUCAAGGUUUCUGAGGUUUCCAGGGAUUACAGAAAGCUUGCAUCUGAGUUCUCAAAACUGGGUCUUUUUGACAAGAAGGAGCAUGUUACCUCUUGCACACUUGCAUCUGUUGCUGUCAUGUUCCUUGUUGUUCUUUAUGGGGUUUUGAGAUGCAGCAGCGUGUGGGCUCAUUUGGGUUCUGCUAUGUUGUUGGGUUUGCUCUGGAUGCAAAGUGCUUAUGUGGGCCAUGAUUCUGGCCACUAUGUGGUCAUGACAAGUCAUGGUUUCAACAAGUUUGCACAGAUCCUUACUGGGAAUUGCUUGACUGGGAUAAGCAUGGCUUGGUGGAAGUGGACUCACAAUGCUCAUCACAUUGCCUGCAAUAGCCUUGACCAUGACCCUGAUCUGCAGCACAUGCCAGUCUUUGCCGUGUCUUCACGUUUCUUCAACUCAAUCACAUCUAGGUUCUAUGGAAGGGAAUUAAAGUUUGAUUCUUUUGCCAGGUUCUUCAUCAGUUACCAGCACUGGACUUUUUAUCCAGUUAUGUGCGUUGCAAGGGUCAACUUGUAUGUGCAAACACUUCUGCUUUUGUUUUCUAAGCGUAAAGUCCAAGAUAGAGCUUUGAACAUAGUGGGAAUCCUUGUGUUUUGGACUUGGUUCCCUCUUCUUGUUUCUUACCUCCCAAAUCUGCCAGAGAAGGUUAUGUUUGUGUUAGCUAGCUUUGCUGUUUGUUCCAUUCAACAUAUUCAGUUCUGUUUGAAUCACUUUGCUGCAAAUGUUUAUGUUGGGCCACCAAGUGGCAAUGACUGGUUUGAGAAGCAGACAAGUGGGACAUUGGAUAUCUCUUGCUCCUCUUGGAUGGAUUGGUUCUUUGGGGGGUUGCAGUUUCAGCUUGAGCAUCAUUUGUUUCCAAGGCUACCUAGGUGCCAAUUGAGGAAGAUUUCCCCUUUGGUUAGAGACCUAUGCAAGAAGCAUAAUUUGCCUUAUAGAAGCUUGUCAUUUUGGGAGGCCAAUCAAUGGACAAUUAGGACCCUUAGGAGUGCUGCUUUGCAGGCCAGGGACCUAACUAACCCUGUGCCCAAGAAUUUGUUGUGGGAAGCUGUUCAUACUCAUGGCUGAGACAUUUAAUUUUGGAUUUUAGGAUACUGUUAAGGUCUUAUUUUGUUCUUGAAAAAAAAAAUUAUCACUUUGUAAGCCCCUACAUUUCCAAGUUGGGGCAUUGAAUUUAACUUUUUGCUUAGGUGUGGUGUAGAAAUUAUGAUUCAGAUAUUACAGUUCAUUUGCUUUGCAUCGAUACAAAGUUCAUAUCCUUAUAUGCCUUUUCACUUCUUUUUCUUACAUUGGCAUUGGUUGUUUGCUUCUGAAAUUUAUACCAUUCCAUCAAAUCUUGUAUG